AUGCCGCGUGUGUCACGUUCGCGUGAAAGUUCGGAGGAGACGCCACGUAGUCGCCGUAAGGCAGGGCGUACCCGCAGCAAAUCGCGUCGACACCACAAGCACUCUAAAACGCGUCACCACCACGGGCAUUCUCGUUCGCGUUCCCGCCACUGUGACAAGUCGCGCUCUCACUCUCGUGACCGCGACAGUUCGAUUAAGGUGACAUUAGGGUCGAUUGUGGCUAGGUUAAAUGCUAUUGAGGAAAAUACCGCGAGUACAUCCCAAACCCCGAUACAGCGAUCAAAUCGUGAGAGCACACCUCAACGCUUUGACAGCACCCAACAUGUAUGCGAGAAGCAGCCUGGCAGACACAUCGCUGUAUGUGUAUUAGGCUUCGGCCUGGCAGACACAUCGCUGUAUGUGUAUUGGGCUUCGGCCUGGCAGACACAUCGCUGUAUGUGUAUUGGGCUUCGGCCUGGCAGACACGUUGUUGUACGUGUAUUGGGCUCCGGCCCGGCAGACACGUUGUUGUACGUGUAUUGGGCUUCGGCCUGGCAGACACAUCGCCGCAAUGACAAUGAGGAUGACGAUGUUCAAGCUGGACCCUCCAACUCCGCGAGUAUUCCUGAUGAUGACCAUCAAACUGAACGUGCUGAUCCCACUAAUCCUGUGGGCAUUGCUGACGAGAAUGAUCAGGCUGGACUGUCUGAUCCUGCCAAUCCACCUCUGGCUCCUCUGGAGAUGCAUCCGAGGACGGCGCAUGAUCAGGAGAGGCCGUAUUAG